AUAACUGCACACAGACUGCUUUGGGUGCUUAUUAUUUUUUUAUGUAAAGCCCCAUUUGCACUAACAGAUUUAAUAUUCUUUCAAAAGACGUUUUUUUCCUACUGUGCCGUGCAUUUCAGACACAUUUUCGCCCAGGAGAUGUUUUUGAAAGGGGUCCUGCGGAUCUAUACGUACACACUUUCAAACAGGAAACCGUCAUUCUCUUCUCAAUAAUAUUAUCCAGCAGUUUUAUUUUAUAAUCUCAAAAUGCUUUCAGCGUUUAAAUCCAUUCCGACACACAUGGACUAUAAAGGACAGAAACUCGCAGAGCAAAUUUUCCAAGGAAUCAUUCUGGUGUCUGCGGUGAUCGGCUUCAUAUACGGCUUUUCCAUUCAGCAGUUUGGGUGGACAGUUUACAUAAUGUUGGCUGGAUUCACAAUAUCAUGUCUGCUCACCCUGCCUCCCUGGCCAAUGUACAGAAAAAGUCCUUUAACCUGGCAGCCGGCUUUGCCUGAGACGUCUGGAGAAAAUCGCGACAAGCCUCAAGAGAGUCAGAAGAAGAAGAAGCACAAGUGAUGCACGGCGGUAUUUCGGUUGGCACAGCAAAGCCAUAUAGAAACCAACCAAUGGAAAACCUUUUCGUUUUUGUCACCGUUUGAACAUUCAAUAUAUAAUAAAGAACAGCUUUUGGUA